UAAUGUCAUCGAGGUUGUGGAUAAGACCUCUAAUGUUCCAGUGUAUUAUUUGUGUAGCCAUAUUGUUCGUGUUUUUAUGCUGUGUGUCAAGAGGAGUCAGGUUAGAGAAAUGACUUACGGAGCCUUUUCAGGCCCCGUGAUUAUGGUACGGGUUUUGUCCGUCUUGGAGCGGUCGCGAGACUCGCGCUGCUCCCGAGGCGCUAGAUGCGCCUUCUGGCUCGGGGUUGUGUCCAUCGACUCCUGGGAGCCGCUGGACUUCCGCUCACUAGAGCGGGGUGUUUUCAGGGUAGGCCUUGCCUCGAAAAGCAGGGCCUUGGAGGCCACCAACCCAGAGGUCGAUGGGCCCUCCUUCGGGGACGGCGCAGCAGCGCUGGCUGCUGACGCCAGGGGGGCUGGUGGCACGGCCGCAACCACGCUCGUUGUGGUCUGGGCCUGAGCCGGAGUCUGCUGCGACGCUGCCCCCUUGCGCGCCGCACCAGCAUACCCUGAGGUUCGAGAGUAUGCUGCGUGUUCACCGUCACAGUUGGGACAGUGGGGUGUGCCAUUACAGUUGUUGGAUUCGUGUUCGUGUUCGCCACACUUUGCACAGCUACGCCAGCCGCCCACCACCGAGCCCAACAAGGGGACGCCACGAGUCCGGGAGGAAACGCAGACGCCAGCUGUACGUAGCCACUAUAACCUAAUAUAACAUACCCAAGGUUGGAUACAUACACCAGGUUAACCCUUGCCGCCUAGAAAUUCGGAAGUGAGAAGAAGUGAUAAGAAGACAGGAAAGAAGAGAUAGCGAGAGGGAAAGCAAAAGAUUGAAUAGAGGGACAGGAAAAGGCGACUGCCGAUUUCCUCCAGGUGGGUCAGUCUGGAGGUGCCGUCUAUGUGAAGCCGAGGCCGAAGAGGUGUGUUGCCUCCGCCGGGGGGCCUUAAAG